CCAAAAUAAAAGGAGAGGGGGCAGGAGAACACCAACACAAGAUUGAUGGAGAGGUGACGAGCAAAAGGUGUAGGCAAAAAGAAAGAAAGAGAGGCAACAGUAAGAGGUUUGCAGUUGCAAGGAGCAACAGUUGUUGACAGGAACGUUGGUGUCCUAACUGGAAUCCUGUGAGGUUUUGCGAUUGUGGUGAGAGUAGUUGACAUGUUCAUGCUCCUGGCCAUCAUGCAAAUUUGGUACUUACUACAUGAUCUUUCGACCAUUCAAUCACUAAUAAGUACACACCCUGUUCCUAAAUAUAAGACGUUUUGGCAGUUUGAAAACAGAGGUGGUAGUAAUCUAGGGGUUACAUGAAUUUAUUUUGAAUUGAUUUUGCCUCUAAUAAGAUCUUCUGAAUCGGUAAUAAGCUUUUAUGGAGCAAGCUAGGGUACCAAGUUCUCGAGUUUUUGAACUGUUUUUUGGCGCUUUUGUCCGACUUCCCCAGUUACUAAUCAUAGGAGGAGAAUCUAGCUUGUUGGCACAUUUUGUGACAAAAUGGACGACGGACUAUACCUUCCGAUCCCCAGCCACCUUCUGUUUCCAUAUCCUGAGAUCUCCCACGGCUUCGAUGAUGAGUUCCUAGCGUGUACUCACACACACACCUGCAACGUUCCAUCAUGGCCGGCCGCGGCGCACUCCCACACGUGCCUGCACGCGCACACCCAAGUCAUAGCUUCCGGCGAAGAUCACGCGGAGCAUGACCAGCUGAGGAAUCUCCGGAAGCCUCUGGGGAACCGUGAGGCCGUGCGCAAGUACCGGCAGAAGAAGAAAGCCCACGCAGCCUUCCUCGAGGAGGAGGUCAAGAAGCUCCGCGCCGCCAACCAGCAGCUCCUGAGGCGGCUGCAGGGCCACGCGGCGCUGGAGGCCGAGGUGGCGAGGCUGACGGGCCUCCUGCUCGAUGUCCGAGGCAAGAUCGAUGGGGCUGAGAUCGGCGGCCGGCCGUUCCAGGAGCGGUGCAGCUUCGGCUCUGUCGUCGGCACUGCUGCAGAACCGACAGCACCAUGCUUUGAUUCUGGCAGUGCUGAGGUACCAGCGGCCUGGGAGACUUGCGAGAUCGAUGGCGGUGGCAUCGUUUCGGGAGAACUUGGUGUUCCUGAAGUGGUGGAUGCUGUUGCCAGCUUCGUGAACUCUCCUGCAUAAUUGGAUGAAGUUCUUUGUACCCAAAUACAGUAUCAGAUAGAAAAUGGCUUCCUUUCAUAUAGCCUACUUGAAUAAAUGGUGGCUGGGAACAGAAGUGUGGAAGUGAGACACCCUAUCAAGGUCUUGCUGAUUAUACUUCUGUUCUGAAGUGUUCGGUUUGUAAUGUACUUGUUGUGUUUGUAUUGGAUGGAGCUACUAGUAAGUGUGACCCAGCAUGAUCUGUGCUUUCCAAAGUGCCCUUAGGUUGGUCUUCUCUGGAACAAUUAACCACUGUUUAAAAA